AAAUGCAGGUACUGGAUGGCGAACUCCCCGCUCCAGUCAGGAAGCUCGCCGCCUGCGCGGGACUGCAGGCAGCAAGCGGCCCCCCCAAGCCACCCGAGGCCGGGCUUCUGGGAUAAAUGCGCAUGCUCCAAGAGCCCGGUGGAGCCGGCAGAGGGAGGGAGCGAGCGGGACGCCUCCAGCCACGAGGGGGAGCGCGCGGCCUCCCUGCCUCUCUGGCCCGCGCCUCCCAUUGAUGCCAUGGCUCUGCGCUACCCCAUGGCCGUGGGCCUCAACAAGGGCCACAAGGUGACCAAGAACGUGAGCAAGCCGAGGCACAGCCGUCGCCGCGGGCGCCUCACCAAGCACACCAAGUUUGUGCGGGACAUGAUCCGAGAGGUGUGCGGCUUUGCCCCGUAUGAGCGGCGCGCCAUGGAGCUGCUCAAGGUCUCCAAGGACAAGCGGGCCCUCAAGUUCAUCAAGAAAAGGGUGGGGACACACAUCCGCGCCAAGAGGAAGAGAGAGGAGCUGAGCAGCGUCCUGGCGGCCAUGAGGAAAGCGGCAGCGAAGAAGGACUGAAUCCCCGCUCUCUACGCAAUAAAGCCUUUUCAGGAA